AUGAUUACAGCAGUGGAAUCGGUCAUUAAUCAGACGGAAGCGGCGGAGGAGACGAAGAACCUUAUCCUACACCAAGCGUCGUCGCUACUUUUGACUCACAAGCCGCGCGAAAUACUCCCGAAGGUCGAACGCGAUGCACUAAGAGAACUCAAGGCCGACAAGGACAUCGUCAUCGUGCCCGCGGAAAAGGGGCGUUCCACCGUCGUACUGGACAGAACAGACUACCUUCAGAAGGCCAAAAACCUACUGGAGGAUCGUCAGUUUUAUGUCCCCUGUGAAACCAACCCCGUAAAGACGCUGACACGCGAAAUUAAUGCGACAUUGUUGGCACUAGAGAAUUCGGGUGCAAUACCACCGACCGAACGACGCAUGGCGAGAGCCCAAAAACGGCUUUGGCCCGAUUCUAUGGUCUCCUCAAGGUGCUCAAGGAGGACGUCCCUCUCCGACCCAUUGUCUCGCUCAAAGGCACUCCAACGUACGGACUGGCAAAAUGGCUGUUUCGGCGCCUCAAAUUUCUGA